AUGACUGGCUCGAGUGGAGAAGAGGAUCUCAGUAAGGAGACACCGGUAGCGUCGGAUACUCUUUAUGAGCAAGCCAACCUGCAACAACAACAACUGGAACAACAACAGCAACAUCUGCUGCUGCAAUCAUCAGUAGCGUCUUCCUCUUAUAGCUCAAGGAAGAAUAGCAAUGCUUCGAACUCGAAUAAGAACAGAAGUAGUACAUCUUCAUCGUCGUCAACAGCUCCAAUUCGUCCACCUUCUUUGUUACGUGCUCAGACGGCUAACAAUGUAUUAGCAGUACUGACAAGUACGACACCCAAGUCACACCAAGGCCAUAGAUCAUUGAGCAAUAGCGAUAACGAGUUUUCAUCGCAAUCGCAACAAAAGUCGGUCUUGUCCAACAAGAAUUUCCACUCACCAAGAAGCCCGUCUUCGGCUCAAAAUGCUUCUGGCAAUGGCAAUGGCAAUACCAAUACCAAUACCAAUACCAAUACCAAUACCGGCACGGUAGCAAAUUUAUUUACACAUUCACAUCCACUUCCACAUUCAUCAAUUGGCCGCUCAUCGAGUAGUUCUGUUAUAAGGACAAGGUCUAAAUCAUCAGGACACCACGACUUGAUUCAACAGAAUGCACAAUAUUUGGCUCAGGAAAAGUCAUACUUGAAAAAGUUGAAAAAUCAAAUGGCUGAUGACUACUAUACCAAGGGGAUAUCUGGAGCCUCUGGCAAUGAUGAAGAUGGCGGCGAAAGCAUCCCUGAGGAAUACGAAGAUGAAGAUGAAGAUUACGAGAACAACACGUUUUUUGACGGCGAUAGUGCACAAUUGUUAGCAACAAUUGAUGACGAUAAGUACCAAAUUGACUAUAGUAUAGCUUUAUCCUUGAUGAAAAACUCUAGUGUCAAUUUGAAAAAGAUUACUAAUUUCCGCAACAAGGAAUCAGAUGACGACCCGGCAAUAAUUGAGAGAUUGGACUGGCAAUCAAUGCUAACCUCAGUUUUAACUGGUGACGUUGUUCGCUCGGAAAAGACGAAAAUAAUCAAUAAUCGUAAUCCAGAUAAUCCUCUUGAAGGAUAUUUUCAUGCAACGUCGAAAGAAAACAUUUGGUCUGGAAUACGAGCCAAGAUAUUCAACAGAACCGAAGAUGAUCAAAGGAAAAUAGUCGCUUAUAGGCGAACCUUGGUGGAACAGUUAAUUGAAGAUAUUAUGCAAUUCGAAGUUGAUUAUGAUAAUCACAAUGGCAAAACGAUACGAGAUCAAGUGGAAUCGAUACUAAAUCGUUAUGACGAAGCGUGCAAUUUGUGGAGAAAUUUAGAGGAAAUGCGUACCGAUAAGCCAGCUUGUCGUAGUGAAGAAUUUCAAAACAGAAUAGAUGCAUUAACUGCAUGGCUAACCAUUACCGAUGCUAUCAACCGAGAAACACAGGCUUUGAGAAUAUGGAUAGGAAAUGACGAACUAGAUAUUUCCAAGUCUCCGGUUGAGAUACCAUUAGAUACGUCGCAGUCCUUGACAUCAAAUAGCAAAAUUGUCAAGAAAAUAUUUGGCGAGGAUAACAAGUCAUUGGCUGAACGAUUAAUGAAAGAAAAAGAUGUUCACACAAUUUUCCAAAAACGAAUCUUUAAACCGAUUUCUCCUUGGAUGAUAAAGUCGAAAGAUACUUAUAUCAAAUUGGGCCAUAUGUUUGAGAUAAUGAAAUUACCAGAUUACCUUCAUGAUUUAAUUCAGAUUUGUAUUAUUCCUAUGAAAUUGAUAAAAGAAAUAAUUAAUGUGCGAUUAGGGUAUGCCAUGAAAUUGCCAGACCCAACAUUAAUGAUGAUUGAUCAGAUGCUUGAAGACUUUAAAUCCUAUAUUACCAUUGCAUUGGAAGUCAAGCUGGGUAUACAAGAGUAUAGAAAACCAGACUCAGAAAGGAAGUGGUUACUUGGUGAUUUGUUUGAUGCGGAGAUUAGUGAUUUCGAUAAAGUCUUAUUAAAGUCCAUAAGGUACUACUUACUACUUUCAAAUAAAAAGUUACUCGAUAGCUCAAGAUCCCCAACCAAUUUUCGAACAUUUAAAGAACCAGAAGAGUUGGAAGAGACAUGGAACUUCUUAAAGUCAUUGGGCUAUUACAUCGAUGGUGGAUCAGCUGUUGUUGCUGGGGAAAUUGCCUCUUUAACACUGCGUUUGAACCUGAGGCUUUUGGCAUAUUUUAAUCAUGCAAUUAGGAAUCCAGCCUAUAACGGUGAGCCUGGUGACUUGGUGAGAUGGUAUAGUGCCACAUUAGACAAUUUUGGUCAAACACGUCGAAAAUUAGCUAGAUUUACUGGUGACAUAUCCAGAUCCUUCACAAAUUCAAUAGUAUUGGAAAUACCCUACCACCAACCACAUAAAAACAAUACAAAAAUCUUGCUCGAUAUCUUAAGGGCCACAAAUCAUUUCUUGGUUUUUACAAAUACCAUUGAAUCUCAGGGAACAUAUUUUUUUGCUAGCCCCGAACUUGCCGGAAAUGAGCAAGAAAUACUAAAGAUUUUGAAUGGAGCUUAUGUUGGUUUGGAACCUAACAAUAGAGAGUCGACUUUUUCGUCGUUGCUUAAAAUGCUACAGAUUAGUGAACUGUUUUCAGACUAUAAUCAAUUAGAAGAUUCCACUGAAGAAGCAUACAUUAUAGCACUUUGUCCGAUGAAACCAAUUGUUUGGGAGGGUACCGUAGUCAAUGUAAAUAUCGAGUCAGUUCCAAUCAUUGAUUUGAAAAAUGGACAAUUAUUGAUAAUUACGAAAUUGCCACAUUACCUGUUGCAUUUGAUACGAGACAAAUUUUUGGAUAUUGCAAGUGAAGUGUUUCAGACUGAAAGCGAAACAAAACCUCUUGAGCAAAGGUGCUCGUUGGCAAAAGUGCACAAAGAGUUAUCAAAGACAAAUCGAGCAUUUUUUCGCAUGAGUUUAAGUGUUUUGGACUCGGUGAAGAUUGUCCUGGCCCAAUUCAAGGCUUUGGACACAAGAGGGGAUAGCCAAGCAGUUAUCAACAAUUAUUUUGUAUUUGCUCGUGAUUAUGCAAAGAAUGCAACCAAAAGCCUUAACGCGUACGGUAAAUCGGCGGUUAUCUCAAAGAUGAUCCAGCUAGCAAUAGAUUGGGUGAGUUUUAUAUGUGAUGAUUGUGUUCCCACGGAUAGAAAGACAUUUAGAUGGUGUGUUUUGGCAUUGGAAUUUGCCAUGGACAUGACUCGUGGGGUCAACAUCUUAUUUUUGAACGAUGAACAGUUUGGCAAGUUGAAAAUCAAGGUUGCUAGAUGCAUGUCAUUGUUGAUAUCUCACUUUGAUAUAAUGGGAGCCAGAUCUAACGAGGCUGAAAAGAAUAAAUUGUUGAAAUGGUCAUCUCAGCGACAAAAUAUAGAGAGUUCUCUGAAUGAUGAGUAUGCGCAUAAGCUUUAUCACGAGGGAGUUAUGCAGCAAAUUGCAGAGAUUGAAAAGUAUAGAGAAGAAUUACUGAAUGAGUAUCAGUCUACUGGAAAGGUUAUUGACAAUAGCGACAUGGAGUACCAAUUUGUUACUUUAUUAGCGUCAUCGUUCUCGAGUGUUUCGAUCAGGUGGCAGAAAGGUAAAUACAUCGGAGGUGGAACAUUUGGACAAGUAUUCUCUGCUGUCAAUUUGGAUACUGGUGGAAUUAUGGCUGUCAAGGAAAUUAGAUUUCACGAUAGUCAAUCAAUCAAGAGUUUGGUACCGCUGAUAAGGGAAGAAAUGACAGUUUUGGAAAUGUUGAAUCACCCUAAUGUAGUACAAUACUUUGGUGUUGAAGUGCAUCGUGAUAAAGUUUAUAUCUUUAUGGAAUUUUGUGAAGGAGGAUCUUUGGCUAGUUUACUUACCCAUGGUCGCAUUGAAGAUGAGAUGGUGAUACAAGUAUACACAUUACAAAUGUUGGAAGGAUUGGCGUAUUUACAUCAAUCUGGUGUAGUCCAUAGGGAUAUUAAACCCGAGAAUAUUUUACUUGAUCGCAAUGGAGUCAUAAAGUUUGUUGAUUUUGGAGCUGCAAAAGUUAUUGCAAAUAGUGGAAGAACAAGAGUAUCCACUAUGUCGAUUCGUCCUGCUCCUCCUGAAGCUAACAAACCGAAUGUAAACACAAUGACUGGUACUCCAAUGUACAUGUCUCCAGAAGUGAUUACUGGGGAAACGAAUGAUAGAACUGGUGUUGUUGAUAUUUGGUCUUUAGGAUGUUGUGUUUUGGAAAUGGCAACGGGAAGAAGACCAUGGGCCAAUCUUGAUAAUGAGUGGGCAAUUAUGUACCAUAUUGCUGCAGGUCACAAACCACAAUUACCGUCACCGGACCAGUUGAGCGAGCAAGGAAGAAAAUUCUUGUCGGCUUGUCUUGAACACGAUCCUACAAAGAGACCAAGCGCAGUUGAACUUUUGAAUACCCCCUGGAUGGUUUCAAUUAGACAAUUGGCAUUUGGUGGAGGGUCUGAAUUUAGCACUCCUUCGUCAGAGAAUGGGACCAUGUAA